AUGGCUAUAACUAUGGAUCUGGAGGAAAGCGUAUCUGACUCGAAACUUCAUAAGGAAAGUAUUAGCAAAAAGGAAUUACGGCCGUCAAGUGCAGUUUCCAUCUCCAAGUCUGAUCAUGGACUAGCAGAAACGUCAUCUUCCAUCGAACAACUAAAGCAGUACAAGAGCUGGGUCAGUCCUGACAGAUGGAAUGAACUUAAAAAGAUAGCUGAUACUGCGAUGAAAGACCGCAAAGUGUUCAUGAUUAAGGGGGGUGGUUUCCCUGCUGUGCGUCGAGCUCUUACUGAGCGUGGCUGGAUUGAAAAGUACGAGACACAUAAGGUUCGACAUCCACCACCAGCCAUCGAUCCCAGAAAAGUAUCGGGUAAAGAAUUGACCAAAGUCGAAAGAAUGAUUUUAUACAAAUUUAUGGAACACCAUUCAGUAGAUUUUCUCUGGACGACAAAGAGGGAUAAAUACGAUUGGUUACUUAGUAACAAAGACGUCGUUAUCAGCAGAUUUUUUAGAUCAGUUUUCACCACGAAAGAAGGAUUAACAUCUUCUCUGACCCAAAUGCACUGGUUCACGGACCCAGGUGUAGCUGUAACACGAUUUCCACGCUGUUACAACAUUUAUAAUUCCGAUAGCCUUGAAGAAUUUAUCGAUGACUUCAGAAUAACGGCUUGUAUAAGUGUUCUGAAAUGGCUCUCGAAUACAUUUCAAGACAAAAAUGAACAGCAUCUUGUACAGCCCCACGGAAAGGUUCCAUUGAGUGCCGUAGAAUUUGCGAUAGCAAGACUCAAUGAAUACGUAGCGUUCUUCUCCCAUAAGGAUAUAGAUGAUACUGAGGAACAAGCUCAACAUGUUUGGGAACACGAAUGGGAUCAGUUCCUUACACAUCAUUAUCUCCUGGUACAUGAAAAUGCAAAAUUUACUGAAGACAAAAAUAUAAAUAUUCGGCAAUUGGAAAGGAAAUCGUCUAAAGUUCUAGCCACUAUGGUAAAAUUUUGGCCUCAAAUGGAUAUAGAUGGAGUUUUUAACAUUUGGAUUGUAAAACCUGGCAACAAAUGUCGCGGCAAAGGCAUACAACUAAUGAACAAUAUAAAAGAUAUUAUUGGCCUCAUUAAUGUUCCAGCACAAAAAACAAGAUAUGUGGUUCAGAAAUAUAUAGAAAAUCCUUUGGUAGUAUACAACACAAAAUUUGACAUUCGACAGUGGUUUUUAGUCACAAAUUGUCAGCCUCUAACCAUUUGGGUUUACAAAGACAGUUACCUAAGAUUUAGCUCUCAAAUAUUCAGUCUGUCGAAUUAUCACGAAUCCGUCCACCUCACAAAUAAUGCAAUCCAAACAAAAUAUAAGAACAACGGUGAUAGGGACAAAGCACUGCCUGAUGAAAAUAUGUGGGAUUGUCACACUUUCAAAGCUUAUCUAAGACAGAUAGGGCAAUAUGAAAUGUGGGACUCGAAAAUUUACCCAGGAAUUAAACAAUGUUUGAUAGGCGCUAUGCUCGCAUGCCAAGAGUCUAUGGAUAAAAGGCAAAAUAGCUUUGAAUUGUACGGAGCUGACUUUAUGUUAACUGACGAUUUUACUCCAUGGCUUAUUGAAAUCAAUUCGAGUCCAGAUUUGGCACCGACUACUUCAGUCACAGCGCGCUUGUGUCCACAAUGUCUUGAAGAUGUCAUAAAAGUCGUCUUAGACAGACGUUCGAAUCCUGAAGCUGAUACAGGUACCUUUGAACUGGUCUAUCGGCAAGUUAUACCAAAAGCUCCAGCAUACCUUAGUUUACAACUAUGCAUUAACGGUAAAAGACUUAUAAAGAAAUCCAAAGAGAAGAAAACUGAGCACAAGUCUGUAACGCCGUUUCCUACACCAAUACCCGUGGGAGAUAUUAUACUAGAUCCUGGUCAACCGGUUCCACCAGAAUACAGUGGACCCAUAAUUACAGAUUUUCUAACUUGGCUCAAUCCAUACGACGCUUUACCUACCAACAAAGAUGGCAUUCUAAUAGGCCAACGGGAUUCACUGACGGUACGCCAAACUGUUAAUGUUGUGAAUUCAAGUAACAUAUUUAAAGCAUCCAAAAAGCGUAAAUCAUCUGCGCUCUCUUGUAGGACUCAUCGAGGAAGACGCGAAAAAAAUUCAGAAUCCAAACGACGUAUUAAGCCCCACUCUUGCUGCCGACCCGAAGAUGAACAAUCAAGUAACACAAAAAUUACAAAAUACCGAACUGAAUCCGCGAAAAAAUUUGAAAUGCCCAAAGUUGACAGGUCUGUUGGUAAUAAGCGUUGCUAUAUAGAUCCUGCUGAAUGGGAACGUGAAACUGCGAGCAUACUUCGAUCAACUAUUUCUAUUCAAAACAAAAUUUUGAUUAAAAACCAAGGUAGCGGGCAAAUCCAAUCUAAAUCAGUUGUUAGAAAUAGUCGUAAAACUUUAGAACCUUUAGCUUCAGGUGACUAUGGAAAAGAGUCAAAUUCAAUUAAAAAGUUAAGUGCCAUAGGUCGAAGUAUUUGUAAACUCCACAGUGAAAACCAAAAUAAAUCAAUAACCUUGUCCAAAAGUUGUACUUCUAUUAAUUAUGCCCCAUAUAGAGUUGUUCCAUUACUUGAUGCAAAAUCGUCGUUAAAAAGAGAUAAUACAAAAAUAUAG